AUGGAGUUCAGCGUGAUGCUGCUAUCCUUCCUCCUGGUGUCUCCCAGCUGGUCCAGAGGAGCCGUGAUCACAGGGGCCUGUGAGAGAGAUGUGCAGUGUGGGUUUGAUCUGUGCUGCGCCGUCAGUUUAUGGCUGAGGGGUCUGAGGAUGUGCAUCCCAAGAGGCGUGGAAGGGGAUGAAUGCCACCCCUUCAGCCAUAAGGUGCCGUACGCAGGGAAACGAUUACAUCACACGUGUCCCUGUCUUCCCCACCUGGUGUGCACCAGGUUUGCCGAUAACAAGUACAGAUGUACAGAAGAUUUCAAAAACAUGGACUUUUAA